CAAGCAACAGCACUAAACCACACCACACCACAGCAGGUAGCUAGCUAGCUUAGGCAAUGGCGUCUAGAGGUGAGAGCCAGACGGGGCGCUGCACCAGGCUCGCAGCCCAGCACUACAGCGAAAAUCAUGAUGUUGAUCUCACGGAUCUGGACCCGGUGGACAGCCACGCCUUCUCCUGCCGGUGGGUGGACGCCGGCGACAACCGGCUCUGCUUCCAUGUCAACUUCAGGGCCGAUGCGGGGCCCCACGGGACACAACUCUUCUUCGCCGAGGUCCUCGGCGACGGCCCCCCAAAGUCGGUGCAGCACUGUGUCAUGCUAGGAGGACAAUCCACUUGGUCAACAAACAAUUGCACGUUUUGCUCCGGUAUCUGCCACCCUAAAGCAAGCGGCACCUUUGACUUUGGCCGCAAGUGAAUGAAGCACCCACCAACUUCCACUCCGAAUUUCGACUAUCCAUGCAUGCACUCCAGAAUAAAUUACUACUAGUACUCAUUAGUAUUACCUUGCCGGCUUAAUAAGUAGAAUAAAAAUAAAUUUAGGGUAGAAAGACUAGGCCUGCUGGCUUAGUAAAAUAAAAUAAAUUUAGGGUAUAAAGAGUAGGCUUGUUGGCUUAAUAAAACAGAAUAAAUUUAGGUUAGAAAGAGUAGUCUUCCUGGCUUAAUAAACUAAAACAAAAAUAAGACUAGACUUGAUGGCUGUCUUAUAGUAAUAAAGUAGUAAAUAAUAUGUCAGCUGCCUUAAUAAAAAAUAAGAGCAGAGCCUCACUUAUUUUAUGUAAAUAAAUAAGAACUUGUGUCAAAUAAGUAAAAAGUGAAGUCCUGCACUCUCUUCCUCUUUCUCUCUCUCACUCUCUCUCUU